AAAAGACAUCUCGACAUUAGUGCAACGUCAACCAGUGAGACAAGACCUUCGCAGCAUCCAUUUUCAAGUAAAAUUUUGAAUCGCUCACCAUCAUGUGGACACUAAAAAAAUUAACAUCACUCGCGAUCCUCUGCUUCACCUUUAACACCAUUGACGCAGAGGAGAGAAUUGCGUACCAAAAGCACUGGACCUUACCACCUGGAUCAAGACUAUUUUUCAACGACGACUAUUACCAAGAAAGCGAUGGAUACUACAACCUGACUUACGUCGUGUGCGAAGACUAUGCCGACGAACUAUUGCCCAUAUUCGAGAGAAACUGCACAGCCGUACAGCAUACACAGCUGGAAAAGAAAUGUCCAGUGACAUUAAAAUCGGACAAAGCCAAAAGAUACCUCGCUGAUAUGAUGGUGAUUUUUCCCGUCAGCUCGACAAAGGCUGCAAUCGUUUGGGUUGAUAACGACUACUUAAAAUGCAUCAUCUUGGAUUUCCCCACUUGCAUAAGCAAAGAUGUGAUUCUGGGGAAAAGUGAGCAUAUCGUCGACUUUGUGCAUUUUGUUGCCUACGACGAUUCUUUUGAAAUGGUGAUAAAUUCUAAUUGCGGGGGCAACGCCUACGACAAAUUUCACGUCGACAUGAAGGGCAACGUCAUUUCCGCAUCUGUUCCGUGGUAUGUCAAUCCAUCCAGGUACUCUAUAGCUGCUUUUAGUCUUCGAGCAGUUGUAAUGGAUUCGAAAUCCAAAGCUUAUCUGCACUUCGCCGAGGAUCGGAUAACAUUGAUAAAACCCGAUGGAUUGGUCUCACUAUUAACAGAAUUUAGUGACUGGAUCAUUAUUUCUAGAAAGUUAGUAUCAACUGCCCACCAGACGAUAGGCAUUGCUAUAAAAAAAUUCGGCGAUAGCGUCGACGUUUUGCAGUUCGAUCAGGAGGGUAAGCUCAAGUUAAAGAGGUCUCUACCGUAUGUGGAUGAUAAACUGGCCUUUCGCAAUUUGGCCAAUGGUGGAUUCUUAUUGUUCGCAUACCCCAGUGCCAAAAAUAUGAGGUCGGUCUUUCCGCACAAGUACCAAUGGACGAAAGUCGACGCUGACGGAAAAGUCGUGGGCACUAUUCAGACCGGGUUUGAACUGAAUUGUGAUAGUAAGAAAGUGGGCCUUCAGUUGUUUGAGAACGAAGCGAAGGAGUAUUGCGCUCAGAUUGCAUGUGGCUCUUAUCAUGAGGUUGACAUGAAAUUGAAAUCUGCUACCGUGGGUAUUUUGGUGAAAUGUGUUAGAGACGAAGAUUUUGUUAAGAAUAAAACUGAGGUUUCGUAAGUUUUGUUAAUUGAAU